AACUGUUAUAAUAAAAUAUGUUGCUGUUUUUCUAGCAUCCAUUACACUUGUCGGAUGUGGUUGCACAAUUUCGUGGACUUCGCCAGCUUUGCCCUAUCUAACGAGCAAAAACUCAAAGUUUCCAGUAACAGCAAAUCAAGGGGCCUGGAUAGCAUCUCUUAUAAAUGCAGGAUCGAUUCUUGGAUACAUUUUAAAUUCCUUAAUAAUAGAUAAACUAGGCACAAAAAAGACGCUACUUCUUUUAUCAAUCCCUCAAAUUACGGCCGGCGUUUUAAUUGUCAUAGCCGAAAAUUGGAUUAUCCUCUGUGUCUCAAGAAUCAUUUUGGGAAUUGGAUAUGGUGCCGGUAUGUGCGCAGCAACCUCUUAUUUAGCAGACGUUGGCGAUAAAAAUACAAGAGGAAUAUUUCUUGUUAUUGUUAAACUUUCCCUUAAUAUUGGAGUUUUUAUCGUGAUGCUACUUGGAGCUUGUGUGACAUAUAACCAAAUGAACCUCAUUCUCCUUCUUUUGCCGCUAAUUUUCAUUUUUAUAUUUCCCUUCAUGCCAGACUCUACCAAUUUAAAAAAAGGAGGAGAAAGUUCAUUAUUUUCUGCCAAAAAAGAAAAGGAACGAAAAGAAGAAGAAACUUUACUGAAGAAUGAAGAAAAUCAAGAAACUCUAGGAAUGAAGAUAGUUGAAGAACCUAUCACAAAUAUAGGAAUCAGAUUAAGAAAUUUAUUUACUCGCAAAAAUAAUCAAAGAGCUUUUAUAAUCAUAAGCCUCAUUUUUAUAACUGAAGCACUUUCUGGUCAUGCAGCUGUCAUGGCCUUCACUGAAGAAAUUUUGGAUUGCAGUGAAUAUUCUUUGUCAGCCGAAUAUGCAUCUUUGGUCGUCGCAGCUAUGAAAAUAAUAGCUUCAUUAUUAUCUACUCAAAUUAUUGAAAGAAUCGAUAGAAAGAUCUUAUUUCUUUCUUCUGGAAUACUUGCUAUCAUAUCGCAAGCAAUUGUGGGGAUCUUUUUUUGGGUGAAAUUUCAUAUAAAAAUGGAUGUGUCUUCAAUGAAUUGGAUUCCUCUUUUUGCAAUAACAGUUUACGAAAUGGUGGGGAAUACCGGCAUUGGUAGUAUGGGAUUGGUUUAUUCAGGGGAAUUAUUUUCACCUGAUGUAAAGGGGAUUGGAAUUACUUUGACAAAUAUUUCCUUUGAACUUGCAGCGUUUUUUGUGAAAUUGCAAUUUCGAGCUGUCGUUAGUAAUUAUGGAAUUGCUUCUGCAUUUUUUUCUUUCGCUAUCUCCUGCGCGGUUGGGACAGUAACUGUUUUUUAUUUGGCACCUGAAACGAAAAACAAGAGUUUGAAGGAAAUUCAGAAAAUUAUGGUUUCGGAAAGCACGGUGUGCUUGAAGGCUGAAAAAGUUUGACUAAAAUGGAUAUGAAAUCUGCUAACGCAGAAAGUUUCUGUAUUGUUUGGACAUUAAAAAUCAGUUGAAUUUGAAAUCCUAGCUGCUCCCUUUCACGAGUUACGCGCAUUCUUACAUUUUUACGUAAUAGCCUGUACUAGAAAUUUUGCAUAGACGUGUAUCAUAUUUUAAUCAUAUAUUAUAGAUUCAAUCGGUCUUUCAAUACAACGCUUCUACACUCGCAAAAAGUAUUUUUGAGUAAGCAUAACGGUUCAACAUUGUUCGAAUAAAUAAUUUCGCUAUCUUCAAUUUAUUAUUUUAUUAAAUGGAAUAAAUGCCGAAUAUUUUAUACAAAAGUAAUGGUAAUUAAAAAUUAAAAUUUUAGUACCUGUAAAAUAUGUGUCAAUAUAUCAAUGUAUUUUAAUGAAAUUUACUACCGCUAGGUGGCGCAUGUAAAAAAAAUCAAACCCGUAUUAGAAAUAGGAGACCUUAAGAUAUAGAUAGAUGUAUGUAAUGAGCAUAAUAGAACUUUGAAAACGAGAAAGUUCACGAAGGAGCCAAGGAAGGAAGAUAAAAGAAUUUACUAUUGAGCCAAGGAUUAUUUCUAUAAAAAAUUUUUUAUUUUAUAAUAAUUACUGUUAUAAUUAUUUUCUCUUUAACAUGAGUCACGGUAAUAAAUGUUCUGAUGAUGAGAACAGAAAGAAGAUAUGCGCUCCAUGUGGUAGAAAAAUUGUUUUUGGCAAAGUAAAGCCAGAAAAUUUUCUGAUAAAUAAUAAAAUAGCAAAUCUCAUAAAUAAAUAUUCGUCGACUGAUUUUGAUUUGAGCAAUGAGAAAUAUCCUUUGAGCAUUUGUAGGUCAUGCUAUUUAACACUUCUUGAUUUUGAAAAAGAAAUUUACAAUAGGCAAAUACAAAUCAUGCCUGAUUAUAAAAACAUAGUAUUGGCAAAAGAGACACGAUCGACAAAAGACACUUGUAACUGUUAUAUAUGUUCUACUGCUACUUGUUUUUGGCACGUAAAUGUUAAAAAAGGCAAAGGAAAUUUUAGGGAAUUACGGACUAAUAUAGAUGUUUCAGGUCAAUGCAAAAAUUUUGUGAAAAAAGUAGAUGAAGUUUCAGUUCUAUCAGAAAACAAUAAAAAGAGUCAUGAUGUUAUUAAGGUUUGCAGUAAAUGUUUUCAAAAUGUUGGAAAAGGUAUAAAUCAUCAAUGUAAGAAUGUAUCAAGUUACCAUCACGUAUCAUAUGCAUCACAACUGUUAAAAGCAGUGAUAGAAUUUUUCGUCCGCGCAAGUUGCGUAGAACACAAUGAUUGGUUGUGAAAACCUAAGAAUGCGCAUAACUUGCGAAAGGGAGCAGCUAGGAUUUUAAAUUCAACUGAUUUUUAAUGUCUAAACAAUAUAGAAACUUUCUGCGUUAGCAGAUUUUAUAUCCAUUUUAGUCAAACUUUUUCAGCCUUCAAGCACACCGUGAAAGAAAGUGAGAAAAAAGGAAAAGGAAAAAGUUUAAUCUUUCAGGCGUCACAAAUAUUUACGGUAACAUGUUAUUAAAGAUGAGA